CUCUGCUUAGAACUUCUGGUGCUGCAUUCUCUGCUUCGUGGGCCAAAGAAGAUGUAAAGGAGGAGAUCUGGAACUUGAGAAUGUGCUAAAUGUCACUAGUGAGGAUAUGGCCUUCUACAGAUAUGUUUCAGAAACCUUGUUUCACGGACUCAAAAAAUCCAGUGUUUAUUUAUUCUGGUUCAAUUCUGUUUUCCAGCCUUUGUAAAACACCCAACCAACUCUCGCUAAGGAAUUCUAGAAAAAUCUGAAAAUUUGGGAAAAGCCAUAGAAAUGGCAGGAAAAGCUGAAAAGAAGACAUGGGAUGAAGAAAUGAAAAAUUUAUUCAAAGACUUUGACCAGGGUGGCUUUCAUAUUGCUGCCGAUCCAGAUCCACGUUUGUUCAGAUUUUGGGAUAUCCACCAGAGGAUUUUCAGCCUGAUGGGUGAUGACAAGUUAGUGGCAAGUCCAAAUGAUUCAAAUUCAACAGAGCAGUUCAUCUCUGUGCUCCCUAAUAAUGCUCUGGAUGUAAGAAAACAAGCCAUCUUUAUGGGUAUCCAUCCAAAAACUGUAAUGAACUGUGUGCAGCCUGAGGGGGGUCAAGUUCAGCUCCAGUUAAUAAACGGAAACAUUAUGCAGCUAUACAAAAACAGAGAGGAGUUGUUGAGCUUCACUUUUUACAGCAAGACCGAUGGCAGCCCAGAUACUUGCUCUUUUGAAUCUGCGCAGUUCCCUGGAUGGUUCUUAAGUUCUUCUGCUGAAUCAAACAAGCCUCUUGGCUUGAGCCAAAAAGGAGGACCUGAAAACAUCCUGUUUCAUUUUCAAAGAAUAAACUGAAUCAGAAGUUUUGUUUUCAAAGAGAGAUGGAGCGGAUUGUUUUGCUAUAUUUUAUAUGUGAUGGAAAUAUUUUUUGGCUUUUGGCUUUUUUCUUUUGAACAGACUGUGAUAAUGAAGCAGAAGGUGGGAUCCACAGUAGAGAUAGAUGACAGUUUGCCUGAUCCAGAAAACCUGUCGUACUUGGUGAUCUUUUGAAGAAAAUAUCAUAAAGGCGGAACUAAAAAUUGUCAGGCCAGCCAGACCUGUUAUGUAAACAUGGUAGAGAUGUCUUUACCUCACAAAACAUAGAAAAGGAGGGCUAAAAGACUAUUAUUUGAGAAGAGAGGGAACAGACAUAGAAUUUAAAGCUUGGGGCCAACUUAUUUAUGAGAGUGCAUUCUUGUCUCUUUAAAGGAAUUCUUCCUGAGUCUGUGGCUAAGGGAAAACAGUAGUUUCAAGUUUGUUAUUCAGUCCUUUGUACCAUUGUCUUCUGCAUUACAUAGACUUGCAAAAAUGGGUUCCUUGAUUGGUAUGGAAAAAUACCCAUCAAGAGAGAAAAUAACAAUGAACUAAUAAAGCCGCAAUAAAAACAAAAGUGUUGGAAGUAAG